AUCACCAGACUGUUGGCUGCACUUCACUCGGACCACGACAAAAGACCUUCAUGUGAGGCACCAAAGUUGCCUAUUUCUACCCAUCAAGGCCAUCGUCCUUGCAUGCCUAUACGGCAUAUUCUCAACAUGGCUCAGCCAUCCGGAAAGAUCCUCGAAGGUGUCUUCGCCGUGAGCAAGCCGCCGAGCCUCUCGUCUGCCCAAGUCUUGCGAGAUCUCCAACACCAUUUCGCCGAGUCCAAAACUUUUGCGCCCUUGUUACAACGAACCAGGAGGGGCGAAGAAGAGCAAGAACGACGCCAGCCGAAGCGGCGGAGGCGCGACAAUGACCAAUUCUUCAAAAUGGGCCAUGGCGGCACACUUGAUCCCCUGGCUACAGGUGUGCUUAUAGUGGGCAUAGGAAGAGGCACCAAACAUCUUAUGGAUUUUCUCUCAUGUAAAAAGACCUACGAGACUGUUGUUCUCUUUGGUAAAACAACAGACACCUACGAUGUCAUGGGAAAGGUUGUUGCGGAAGCACCAACAGAGAAUAUUACAAGAGCCGUGGUUGAAAACGAGAUUGCGAAAUUCCAGGGCAAGAUGAAGCAAAUCCCCCCAAUCUACAGCGCAAUCAAGAUCAACGGCAUGAAGUUAUAUGAUUAUGCUCGAACGGGAAAGGAACUCCCUCGCGAACUGGAGAGCCGCAAUGUCGAGAUUUCGGAGUGUUCUUUACUCGAAUACUACGAAUCUGGUCAUCACGACUUUCGUUGGCCAGCCGAGCAAGCUGAUGAUGAAGAGAAAGCUGUGUUUAAAAAGCUUAUGAAAGGCGCUGAGGACACGAAGCAAUCGAUCACCACGGAACAUGAACGAGCACUGUCGGAUAAGAAUGACGCGAAAACCUCCAAAUCCUACGGCAAAGAUAUUCCACGUCACGAGAAGGCAGCAAUGCACAUUCACCAUCUACCCACACAAGAGGAAGUCCCUGCUAACGCUCCUGCCGCUCGUAUUCGCUUGACGGUCAGCAGCGGGUUCUAUGUUCGGUCGUUUGCGUAUGAUCUGGGGAUUGCUUGCGGUUCAUAUGGCACAAUGGCAUCUUUGAUCAGAAGUCAACAGGCCGAGUUUACCAGUCUUCAGCCUGCUCCAGACGGGCUCGUACCUGCGCUUACGUAUAAAGAUUUGGAGGCUGGAGAAGUUACAUGGGGACCAAAGGUGUCAUCGGUGCUUGAAAAAUGGAUAGAAGAGCAUCCGAUGUCUGACCAAGAUAGAAACCGUGAUCGGGAUCGCGAUCGAGAUGGCAGACAGUACUCUCAUAGAGGACACCGGAAUCCUCUGGGCCGAGGAGGAGGUUCAAAGAGAUCCUGGGAUGGUCGCAGAGAUGGCGACAGGUCUGAUGGCCAUCGCAGACGCAACAGCUCAUCGCCAGAGAUCCAAGAUCGAUAGCCAGGUGCCAGUUUGCUGGGGUGGCCGGGUAGAUGUAGAACUCUCGUGAACCCUGAGAGAUCUAGGCCAGCGAGCUGGAAAUCACAGGCAAUUACGUGGGCCAAGCAGUGCCAGGCAUGUUCCUUGCAUGGCCGGUCCGAGUGGCGGUGUUUGCC